UCUAUCGAACUAUCGAUCGAUCUAUCUAUCUAUCGAUCGAUCGAUCUAUCGAGCGCCAUAUUGCUUCUUUCUCUACGUUCAUUCGUCGAACGUAUCGUAAUAAUUGCGUAGUAGUAUCAUUUCGAACGUGUCUUUUUCCAUUUCUAUUUUUAUUUAUUCUUUUAUACAGUUCAUCGAAGUAUGAAAGAGAAGGGGAGAGAGAGAGAGAGAAGGAUGAUCGAUAGAUCAAACGGAUCGAUAUUAAAUGAAAUAUUUCUUUAUGUUCGGUGAUAACUGAGAGGAUAUAAAAAUAAUAAAUUAUAUCAUUGAGAAGCCUCAUCAAAAAGACUUUUUCUAUGCAAUUUCCAAUGAUAUAUCCAACGGUAUCUCUACUUUCCUCUCCUCUCCUCUCUGUUCUUUCUUCCGGUCAGAAAAAAGGAAAAAAAAAAAAAAAAAAAAAGAUUAUUUUGUGAUUCAACGAAACGAAUGAAUCGUCGCGGAAGAACACAUUAGAAAAAUGUUAGACCUUGAACCGGUGUGAUCACCGAAGCAUUAAGAAAUUUAUUGACGAGUGUCGGAUAUGAUUCAUCUAAAAUGAUAUUUCACCAUAAAACGCAAUUAAAUCAAUUUAACCAUAGGCGAGAUAUUUAACAAAAGGAGCCGAGAAUUUGUCUGAUUGUUUCUCCCUUUUUUUUUUCUUUUUUUUUUUUUCCUGUUUUUUUUUCUCUCUCUCUCUCUCUCUUUCCUUUUCCUUCUCUUCUUCCUCCACAACAAUGAAAAAUAAUUUGGAUCGAAAUAUACAAUCGAGAAUUCGUAAUAGAAAAAUGUAUAAUACAUGUACAAUUACAUCUGUAAUCUAUCUCUAUGUAUCUCUCUCUCUCUUCUGAGUGAAUUUGAUAGACAUGCUUCAAACUGGAAAUGUUUGCCUAUCCUAUCAUAAAACUGAUAGUAAUAGUAGUGACCUAUAACGUUUCACGUAUCAGAGAAUAUCGAAGAGAUUUUUUUCCCCGCGAGAAUUUAUUUAUUUUCCACCUUAUUAAUCCGCGAUCAAUUUAUUGACUCAUGAGAAAAAGGGAGAAAGAAAGGUAGGAAGGAGAGAAAAGGGGUGUACGAACGACCCUUCUUUCUUUAUAUACAAAUUUGUCAAUUACGUUGAUUCAAUGACCUUCCAUUCUUCGAACCCUCCACCAAUUGCUCCUUUUUAUUAGCCUGAGACUAAUCUGGUUGUGUCAAACGUGAGAAUAAUAAUGAUAAAAGGUGUGAUAAGCAAAAAAGUAGAACUAAUACAGAUGUAAGAGACGGAGAGUGUUCUCUUCUUCUUCUUCCUUUUUUCUUUUUUUUUUUUUUUCGUGACUGGGGAGUAAUAUAUCCUAUCGAGAAGGAAAGAAAGAAAGAAAGAACAUUAAUGAAAGAUAAAGAUGGAGACAAAACCGAUACCAAAGCCGAGGUCAAUUAUAAUGGCCGAACAUCCAGUACCGGCUCCAAGGAAAGUACCACCGGUACCUGUUGUUUUAUCAUCACCAUCACCGGCAUCAUCGUCAUCAUCGUCAUCGCCGGCACGUAGUAAAAGUCCGAGCGAAUCGAGCCAAUCGAGUCAGAAAAGUGAUGAGAUUGUUAAAUCUAAUAAUAACGAGGGAAGAAAUUCGAAUGAAUUUUUUCGACAAUUGAGUACCAGUUCACGUCAAUUGAAGGAUGAAAUAUCUGAGAAGAUGACGUUAAAGGGACGCGCCGUUAUAUCGAGUACGAGGAACGUCAGUAUACGCCUUGAAAAAUCUAUGAAGAAUCUUUUGACACGGAGAUUAUUGACGUCCCUUAAUCAGGAGGAUAUCAUGCAUGAUUCUAAUGUUAUGAGGAAUACGAAAAAAAUUGGGGACGAUAAUAAUGCCAUUGAUGACGAAAGAUGCGUAUCAAUGCCAGCUGAUGAUAUAUUUAGCAGUAUUACCUUUCACAGUCCGUUCAGUGGUAAUCUUAAAAGUAUCAGAAACGAGGAAGAUCUUUCCGGGCUACGAUACAGUCCACCACCACCGGUAUAUCCGCCACCCCCGCUUCCUGUAGAAUCAUCUAUCAACGACGAAUUAAAUUCAUUUACAUCGAGCAGUAGCAGCCAUUAUGAUACUCUUAGUUCUACCAUCUCCGAACAAGUACAAAGAGAUUUUCCAGAUUCGAAUUUCAAUCUCUUCAAUUUUAUUCAACGUCAGGGUAGCGAUUCCGAUCAAAGUUUAAAUUUAUCCGACAUAAACGUGAGCUUAACCGGCGACAGCAAGUCCGACAUCGACAGGAGAUUGUCGAGAUCAGAUUCUUGGACAUUUUAUGACACAACGCCGCCGUCAAACAAAUCCGAAGUUAUUAAUGAACUCGAUAGGAUAUCCAGUACCGAGGAGGAAACUUUAGAACAGGCAGUGAAUGUGAAUUUUACAACAUUUAACGCCAGUUUAAUAUCCUUAGAAAAUUCUAUUUAUGAUAAUAAUAUUACAUCGAAGAGUAAUAAAGAUGAGAAAUUAUUUGAAUCGAUGUUAUCCAAUGUAAAACAAGGAAGUAGCAGUGGUAGUAAUAAAUCUUUACUAUUCGAAUUCGAUCCAUUCGCAAAGACAACCGAGGAAAACAUUUAUAAUAAUUACGAGAGCAACGAUUUGAUGUUGUUGGAAGCAUUAUUAUUGACUAAUGACUCCUCGAGUAAUCCUGGAAGUACCGUAGAUCUUCACGAAGAUAACGAGAACGAGGAACCAACGGAAUUGGAAGAGAAAAGGCUCGAGGACUCUUUGAUACCACCAGAACCACCUAAGAGAUUCGAUUCUUUACCUAAGAACGAAUACGACGAGGUUGAAAUUGGUAAGAAUCCAGCACUUUUACCAAAAUUGGUUCAAAUGACAAGAAAAAAGCAACCAGCUGUACCACCUAGAAAAACAACUGUCAAAGUAAUUCCUGAUGUAUCAUCAAUGACCAUAGAAUCUAAAAUGGCUACUACUACGGGGAAAAUUGACGAUGCCACGUCGAAUUCUCUUGUUAAAACGACUUACGACGAUACGAGGAAAGUCAGUGUAAUUCAAAAAUUAAAGAAGUUAAGUCAAGAUUCAACGGCCAACGUGAUCAAACCGAACGUCAUAAGUUUUGUUAGAAGUGGUAGUAAAUUGUUGUCGAGAAAUCGUGAUCACGAGGGAUCUGCCGAUCAUAAUUCGAAGCAAAUUAAAAUGGAUAGACCUAAGUGUAAUAUUUCUCAAUGUAAUUCGACUCAUAGAGGUAUUGUUUAUAAAACUGGUGUUGGUAUUGAAAGAGCUAAAGAUUUAAUUCAAAGGGCUGCCGUUUUGACUGGUCCAAAAUUAUCUUUUUAUAAUGACAAAAGUAUGUCAACCCUGAAGGAAACUAUUAAUCUUGAAAAUGUCUAUAGCAUUCAUCUCUUGCAAGAUAUUAAAGUAGUAGACGGUGAAACGGUACAUUGCAUAGCGAUUAGCAGUGAAUCUAAACCCCAUGUAUAUAUAUUCUAUGCAAAGGGUAUCGCGGAGAGAAGAAGUUGGGCUCAAAAAAUUUUAGAAGCAAUGACAUCGGUUUUCCCUAUAAAAUACACAUCCGAUCUUACUAGAGCCGGUUGGGUUUACUUAAAGGAGGGUAUAACGGGUACAUGGUUCUCAGCUUGGGUUCUUCUUCAAAAAAGAACAUUGGUUUAUACGAAUUCAUUGGAGCCUCCGAUAUUGGAAUAUUUAGAUUUACGAAAGGCACGUUAUAUAGUAUUGAGAGAACAAGAAGGACCAAAUUCGGAUAAUGAAAAUGUACCUGUAGUAGUAGUUGACGCUGGUGAUUCCGGUGCAUUGCAUAUAGCAGCACCUGGUUCAAAAGAAGCUUCAGCUUGGAGACAUGCCUUGUAUCAAGCCGCUACCAACUGUGGUCCGGCAUUACAGCAACAACAAAUAACGCAUGACAAUGUCCCUGUUAUUCUCGACAAAUGCAUCAAUUUUAUCUCCACGCAUGGUAUAAUGUCGGAAGGAAUUUAUCGUCGCAGUGGAUCUAGUAGUGCCGUUAUUAAAUUAUUGGAAGCCUUUAGAAGAGACGCAUGGGCGAUACAAAUUACUCGAGGAUCUUACACAGAACACGACGUUGCUACGGUUCUUCGAAGAUUUCUUCGGGAUUUACCAGAAUCUUUAUUCCCCCCCAGUAUACAUAAUCUGCUUUGUCGAUGCUCAGAACUUAGCAAUGAAAGUGAAAGAAUACAGAUUUAUAGAAAUUUAUUGACGACAUUGAAUCCUAUAACAUCAGCAACUAUACGUCGAAUACUUGCUCAUUUACAUUAUCUUAGUCAACAAAGUUCAAGAAACUUGAUGACUGUUGAGAAUCUCUCAGCAGUUUGGGGACCUACAUUAAUGCACGCAGGAGAGAAUAGUGCUGAGGAUUGGAACAGGGAGGAGACAAAAGUGAUUGGCGAUUUGAUACACUUAUUUCCAAAAUUAUAUCAAUUGUCUCACGCGGAUCUCGCUAAGGAAGCUAAAAUUUUAGAAGUUCUUGAAAAACAUCAUGUUUCUAAUAAUGGAUUGCGCGGUGCGCCGUCGGGCGAUUUAAAAAUUUGGAUAUAUUUACUUUCGAAAGAAGGAGAAUGCAUUAACGUAUCGAUCGGAGCGCAAAAGACGGCAUUCGAUGUAUGUCGUGAAUUGUCAGAAAAAGUUAAUCUACUUGCUCAUGAAUUGUGUUUAGAAGAAUAUGCACUUUCGGGUGCAUUGAAGAGACCACUUCAUCAUAAUGAACGUGUAUUAGAAACAGUUGCUAGAUGGGGUUAUUGGGAUCCAGAUGAUAGGAAGGAUAAUAUCUUAAUAUUGAAGAAGGAUAGAUUGUACAGAGAUAUUGUACCAUUGAUCAAACCACCCAUGACGAUAUCGGGCGAAUUGAAAUAUGCAGACGUAAAGUCGAAAAAUUUUAAGAAUUAUCUUUUCGAAUUUAGUCAGGCUAAGUUGUAUUGUUACAAAGAUAAAGUUUGUUCUACCAAAUUGCACGAAUGGAAAAUUGAAGAUAUUAUUUGGUAUAUAGGUCAUGAGACCAAACGCAAUCCACAAAUGGGCUGGACUAUUACGUUUAUAUUAAGAAAUAAAAAACCAACAAGAUGCAAGGAAAAUCCUUUCUUUGGUAAUAUUUUAGCUGGUACAUAUAAGAAUGAACAAUACAAAUGGUUAGCUGCUAUGCUUUUUGGAGAAUUUCAAACCAACCUACGUCCAUCUGCUAUAAAUUUAAUGGACAUAUAACUAAAUGUAAAUGAAUAUUUUUGUAAAUUACAGGGUUUUUAUAGAAUAUAGAAUACCUACUGCCACUUAAAUUGUUUUAACGAGAGCUUAGACUUUUAUAAUAAAGAUUAUAUUAUAAAUA